CGUAAAUAAUGAAGAAACUACUACCAAAACUGAAUGUCAAUCAAAAGAAUCCGAACGAAAAUUUUGUUAAUCCUAUCAUCAAGAAAGUAAUAAAAGAUAUAACUUCGAAUAUGAAAGAUAAAGAUUUGACAAGAUUAUUUGAAAAUUGUUGCCCAAAAUACCUUAGAUACGACAGUAGCUUGGUUUUAAUGUUGGUGAAGAUUGUCCAAGAACGUUCAUUGUUAUUGAAAUUCCUGCAGUGCAGUGGCUAAGAGAUUCAACAAAUCAAAUUAUCUCUUAUAUC